AUGCCGCAUCGCUAUACAUCCAGCGCACCCGAUGUGAUCACGUCGACAGCCACGGAACAAAACUCCAGCAAUUGCCAUUCAUUAGGCUUCGUUUUCGCCAAUAAAGGCAGUGAUAGUGACAGCAACAGUGACAGCAAUAACAGUAGUCUGCAAAAGCCUAAGCCGUACUGCAGAACACCAUCACAGCUUGCACAUCAGCUUUUGUCCAGAUCAGCUACUGUAAAUGAAAGAGGAGCUUCUGAAGCAUACGCCAAGCUCGAUAUACACAGGGAGCUGCAGCAUCGUUUCAAUCUUGGUCUCAACCGUUGUGAGACUUUUCUGGACAAGAGCAGCGAUAAUAAGUCCAAUUUCUGGAAUUCAAUCAAGAGGAAAAUGUCCAUGACAUCGCUCGCUUCGAACACCAUUAGCUCUUUUAGUUCUGCUACAAAGAAGACAAAGAAAUCCAGUUUCAGUUCACUCGAGCGGGAGAGUGAGAAGGAAAAGGAUGAAAAAUCUGAGCAGGUCAAUGAGCACACAGAAACCCCAAUCAACGGUCCAAAGAGGUCAGCUACUGUUUCCCACUCGAUAGCCACACAAACUCGCAAACCCGUCCACAGGAAGAAGGUGGCAGCAGAUGACACUGCCAUAGACGGCUCUCAGCAUAAGGCGAGACGCCCACCAUCAUCGCUGCUACUCGGUUUCUUCGAUCCAGACCACGGCAUCGCUAUCGGUCGGUAUAACAUUUCCCCGAAGAAGACAUUAUCAAAAACGGAAAGAAAGAAGACGAGAAAAAAGGACAGCUGUGAUUACUUCUAUGAGCCUAACACAGCACUGGCUAUUGGAAAAUUCGACGACUGUGGCACUUUCCCUCAAUCGCCGUUAAAAUCACCAUUAUUUACGCAGAGGACGACGAAACACAAAGACCUAUCCAAUUCAAACGUACACAUUGAGGAGACGUUGCCACUGUGCGAGUCAGAACCAAAAGGGCCAAGAAUCAGACGCAAAUUUGCGAUGAAAGUCAAGCAAACUGAGACAGAGGAGAUGGUGCCACCAGCUUCUAAGAGAAUUAAGAUGCGCAAUAAGUUAGCAAAGUCAAAACAAAGCAAGACAUACAAACGUCUCAACAGAAUACUCAACAUUUUCGAGACCAAAGUUGUCGAGUAUCUCAAGAAGCGCAAUAGGCCUUAUUCAGCGAGCGACAUCUCUACUAAUCUCGGCCAAAGCGUCAGCAAGCUCGCCACUCAGAAAGUUCUUGUCGCGUGCGCAGAGAGAGGCGUAAUCACAUCCAAAGCCUAUGGGAAGCAAACAGUUUUUGUCGCCAAUCAGAAUGACGACACCAACGCAAUCUCACCAGAAGAUUUGGCAGCGCUGGUGGAGAAUAACGAUCACUUGAGAAAAGAGCACCAAAGUUUGAAUGAACAGAUCGCGCACUACAACAAAGGCAAGUGUACCUGGAAGUGA